AUGGGGAGUGGAAAUUCUAAGUCGCUAAAGUGCAACAAUCUUAUCAAAUUGUUCAACAAGCCGAAUGCUCUUCAAUAUCUUUGUGAAGAGCACCACAAAAUAUUGAACAGUGAAACACAAGGAACGUUUGAUGUUUGCACGUCUGAAGAAAACUUCAGGAAAAACAGAUAUCCAGAUAAGCCGUGCUUUGAUCACAGCAGAGUGAUUCUAAGUGAAGGAAACUGUAGCGAUUACAUCAAUGCAAGUCACGUGGAUGGCUUUAAGCACCCUAAUAAGUUUAUAGUGAGUCAGGCACCGCUAGAAGAGACCGUGUCGGAUUGGUGGAAGAUGAUUUGGGAACAGAAAUGUGAGCUUAUUGUCAUGUUGUGCAAGCUUGUUGAAAGUGGAAGGAGCCAGUGCUACCGCUAUUGGAGCCCAGUUGAAGGAACAACUCUAGAAAUUGGAAGUCUAAUGGUGAAAACGAUCGAAGUUAGUUCGGUCUUUAGGAAUUUUCAAAUCACGAGGAUUGAUGUGACGCACAAAGAAAGAGGUAGCUUGAGACUCACUCACUUUUUGUACGAAAAAUGGCAAGAGGAUUAUACUUUUCCAGAAGAGACAGACUUUCUUCACUUGGUACUGAUGAUAAAGACACAUUAUCGAUGGCUGGUCAACCGAAAAUUGGAUAAUGGCUACCGUACGCAUUCCAAAGGUCCGAUAGUGGUUCAUUGCAACAGUGGGCUCGAAAGAGCUAUGACAUUUUGUGCUGUUGAUAUUGCGCUGUCUAGUUUUGUUAAAACAUGUAAAUUUAACCUUUAUUCAAUUGUUACGAAUCUUAGAAAGCAAAGGUACAACUGUCUGUCUGAUGUCAAUCAGUAUGUUUUUUGUUAUGCAGUUUUGCUUUGUUAUGUUGAGUUAUAUCUUUCUUAUUGA